AUGAUGAAUAUAUUUUCGGUGUGUGGUGCUGUUUCUUCUGCUUGCAAGCCCAUGAUGAGAUUCCAAGCGCCAGUAAUGGAUAAUGAUAAUUUACGGUUUCAACAACAUCGUAAAGAGAAAGUUGUUGUUGUCAUGGGUGCUACCGGAACCGGGAAAUCCAAGUUGGCUAUAGAGUUAGCAAACUAUUUUCCACCGGCAGAGAUUAUUAACUCAGACAAAAUGCAAGUGUACAAAGGACUUGACAUCACAACAAACAAAGUCACCGAGGAAGAGUGUCGUGGGGUUCCACAUCAUUUACUUGGAACCAUUCAUCCUGAUUCGAGUUUCACAUCGAACGAGUUUUGCGAACACGCGACGCUCGCUAUUGGGUCCAUCUUGGGAAGAGACGGGUUACCUAUUAUAGCUGGCGGUUCAAAUUCGUAUAUUGAAGCAUUGGUUAAUCAUCACCAUGAGUUUCGCAUGAAGUACGAAUGUUGUUUUCUGUGGGUGGAUGUUUCUAUUCCCGUGCUUCACUCGUCUUUAUCCUCACGUGUGGAUCGCAUGAUUGAAGCGGGUCAAGUGAAUGAAGUUCGUGAAUUUUUCAACCAAAAAGAUUUUGAUUACGAUUACACUAGAGGGAUACGAAGAGCCAUUGGUGUACCUGAAUUUGACGAGUUUUUUAGAGCGGAGUCACAAGGUGUAACAGAUGGAAGAACUAUGAAGAAGCUUCUAGAAGUAGCUACUGAUGCUCUUAAAGUGAAUAACUGUAAGCUUGCGAGUAAACAAGUUGAGAAGAUUCAUAGGCUUUAUGGUAUUUGGAAAAAGAACAUGCACCGUCUUGAUGCUACGGAGGUUGUGCUUAAGGAAGAUAAUUGGGAGGAUCGUGUGUUGGCAAAGAGUCUUAGGAUUGUACACAAGUUUCUAUACGAGGAUGGUGGUAAUGGUGGUUGUAUUGAGCCUGCAAAAAUUCCGAUUGUGGCAGGGGUAACCCAUUAG